AUGGAUAAGAUAUGGGCCGAAGCCGCUGCAUCUUUUGAAAGCAUCUGUGGAGAGUCACUGAAGCGAGGUGAAGUCAAGAGUUUUGAGGAUGUUCAGAGAAGAAUUGAGAAAACUUGCGAGAGGGCUUCAGGUUCCGAGUCAAAACCAGAAGACAAGUGGGACACUGCGAAAACGGUCGGACUCAAGUCGUUGCAAUACUUGAAGUUGCUUGUAGGAGCCGCGGCCCAAGCUUCAUCUCUGAUCCCCAUCCCUCCUGUAGCAGCAAGCAUUACUACAACAGCGCUUUCCUUCGUCUUUGAUAUCCCUCAAACCAUCAGGGGCUACAACAACGCCAUUGACAGCGUCUUCAGCGAAGUUUCUUCCGCACUGUCUCAGUUUCAGAUUUACCGAUCGGUGGAAAAUCUUGAUCCGUUGUUAGUUGAACAAAUCCACCUGGUUUUGGUUAGUUUCGUCAAGAUCUGCGCCCAUGUCGUCAAGUAUCGCCAGAGUCGCAAACGCGACCGCUUCUGGGAGCAGACCAAGCUCAUCUUGGGCGAGAACUCGGGUUUGAGCGACGAGAUGGCCGAAUUCAAGGGGCUUCUCCAGGGCCAACGUGACGUUGAAGGCACCGUGACGCUUGCUGUGGUUGCAGAAACGAGGAAGGACAUGGCCGUCGCACUCGAGAAGAUUGUCGUUUUCGGCAAUAUCGCCGAGGCAACGCAUCAGAUGGUGCGAGAGACGCAGAGGGGCGUGCAAUCUCUGAACGACGACUCGGAUCGCACCAAGACUCUGACCAAGAUUCGCGAUAUUCUAGGUGUGCCAUUGACGGUUCGUCUCGACACGACAACCACGCAGACAUGCGUCGACCUCGCCAACAAGUGUCUCGACAACACCGGUUCAUGGAUCUGGAGACACCAUGCAUACCUCGCUUGGACUGCGGGUAAAGAAAGAGACGUGCUUAUCGUCUCUGGUCCCCCAUCAUCUGGCAAGACGUCAGCUUGCGCUCUAAUCACCAAGCGUCUGGAGGAGCAAAAGGACCGUACCUACGUUGCGCAUUACUUCUUUCCACCGAGUGCCAGAAAGUCGGAUGACAACAAGAAUUCCGUACAGUCUGCUUUGAAGUACAUGGCUUUUCAAAUUGCUCGGGUCGAUGCCACGGUGCUGAAGACGUUGGGCAAAGCCUGCGACACAAAGCCGGCAGUCUUUCGUUCCUCGACAAGCUUGGACCUGAUUGAUCUGUGGAAGGAACUCAACAUUGGGGCGGCUGCUGGGAUGCUGCUGGACUUUGCUUCCGACUUUCAGCUGGAGCAAGAGUCGGCGGGGCGGGCGCGUCUACUGAUCAGCGGCACGAAUAGCUUGUUUGAUAAGAACGCGAAUGUCAGCGGAGCGCUUCGAAUCGACAUGGAGAAGCACAACCAAGACGACAUGCGCAUCCUCAUUCAGGAUACGCUCAACAAAAAUGGAAUGCUGCAAAGCACGAAGCCAAACUCUGAACAGGAAAGGGCAAAGGCAAAGAUUCUCGAGAAGAUACCUCCGAAGGUUGACGGAAAGUACUCACUCUUGCGCUUCGAGUUGGACAGGUUGAAGCGACAACUGAGCAAGCGGACUGCAAUUCAGGAGCUCGACGAAAUGCUUGAUCAGACAAUGAGCAGCCUGGAAGCCGCUAUCAAAGACCUGGAGCGCUCCUUGACCGCAGACGAUAUUUCAGAGCUCAAUGAUUUGCUGAAAUGGGUCAUGUACAGCCAUGAUUACAUGUCUUUAGCACAGCUUGAGGCCGCUAUGGUAUUGACCUCCGACAUUGCUUCACUGACGUCCCUCGAGUACGUAAUUCGGACCAAAUACUCGGCUAUACUGAGCAUUGAAGAUGAAUAUUACGUUUAUCUCCAGGACGGAAUGGAGGAAUAUUUGCAGAAGGUCGACACCUCUUCCGGACAAUCGCAACAGUCAAUGGGAGGAUCGACCAUCAGUAUGACCAUUUCCAUCAACAAUGUCGACCAAGAGCUUUGUGGAAAUUUCCUGUGGGACCUUGCGGACAUGGCAAUUCGAAAUAAGUUCAAGUUCAAUUUCGACGGCGAGGCUUUCAACCCAGCGCACAGCAGCAAGAGACCUCUUGCCGUCGACGAGCUCGAAGCAAACUACACCAUUGUCACUCAGGCUUUCAAGUACUUGAGCAACGAGCCCACGGAUGCGACACAGAAUGUUGGCCGUUACGUUGUUGAAUUUUUACCGUACCACCUCAAUCGCGUUCGCGAGCUCGAAGAUGAGGACAAGGGAAUGCUAAGAGAUGAUCAGCGUUCAGAAAUUGGCCAGCAGCGUCUCCGCAAGUGCAAUCGGAUUGGCAAACUAUUCAAGUCAACUAGUCAAAGUGAGGCCAUCGCCAUCCCUCAAGUAAUCAAUUCGACCCCCUCCGAUUGA